AUGGCCUCAGCUCGCAGCACACGAUGGCAGCAAAUACAAGACCUGAUCAUGAUAGCAGGGACAUCAGCCACUGCAUAUUUCCUGGUCCGCCAUCUCCUAUCCCGCCUUGAUUUCGACCCGGACAAGCAGAAGAAGGAGGAACAACAACGGAAAUCGGCCGCGAUCUUACGAAGGCUGGAUGGAGACAAAGAUGAGGCUACAGACGGAGCUGGAGAAAAGUCACGGAAAGGCGACCUUGUUCUCAACCAGUACGAACAAGCAAUUGCGAUGGACGUCGUGGCCCCGGAGGACAUUCCCGUAUCAUUUAAAGAUAUAGGUGGGCUCGAAACGAUCAUCGACGAGCUGAAAGAGUCCGUGAUAUUUCCCUUGACGAUGCCCCAUCUUUACGCUUCUACAUCUUCCCUUCUCACAGCGCCUUCUGGCGUCUUGUUAUACGGCCCUCCCGGUUGUGGAAAGACCAUGCUUGCGAAAGCGCUUGCCCACGAAAGUGGCGCCUCCUUCAUCAAUCUCCAUAUAUCUACGUUGACAGAGAAGUGGUAUGGCGACUCCAAUAAGCUUGUGAACGCGGUCUUCUCGUUAGCCAGGAAACUACAACCUUCAAUCGUUUUCAUCGAUGAAAUAGACGCAGUGCUCGGUACCAGACGGAGUGGCGAGCAUGAAGCGAGUGGUAUGGUCAAAGCAGAGUUCAUGACACAUUGGGACGGAUUAACCUCGGCAAACUCUAACGGCGAGUCGCAGCGGGUGGUCGUGUUGGGGGCCACGAAUCGGCUGCAGGACAUUGACGAGGCUAUUCUCCGUCGUAUGCCUAAGAAGUUCGCCGUAGAUCUGCCACCGGCCGAGCAGCGUCUUCGAAUUUUGAGCCUCGUACUAAAAGACACCAAGAUUGACCGCCAAAACUUCGACCUACACUAUCUGGUCAAAGUGAUGGCGGGCAUGUCCGGUAGCGAUAUUAAGGAAGCUUGCCGUGACGCCGCAAUGGCGCCAGUCCGAGAACUUAUUCGGCAGAAGACAGCACAGGGCGCCCAGAUCAAAUCCGUUGAUCCAGGCGAGGUUCGUGGCCUACGGACCGAAGAUUUCUUCACCAGCGCUGGCGGACUCCAACAAACGGUCGUCACGCCUGCCACACAACGCCAACAACUAGAAUUCGGCUCUGAAAAGGAGUGGAGCACAGAAGAUGAAGCGACCUCCGAGGGUGGCAAGCGGCCUUCUAAGUUCACUGAGCCCUGUGACUGA